ACUUGGGGCAGCCUCGCAGCACGCUAACAGUGCAAGCCGCCGCCGCAUGGGUGGGGCAUGAGGACCGCACUCCUGCGAUGCGUCGCGCUGCGCGCCGCCGCCGCGGCCACGGCGCCGCUCCUUUAUGCACCCAUCGACCGCGAGGUCUGCGUGCCCACCGUCACGGACGACGGCACAGGCCCGUCCUUCUGCGUCGACUUCGUGAGGGAGGACUUGUUUGACGCAGCGGAACGGUUCUGCGACGAUAAUAAUGUGUGCAGCGGCCACGAGGCGGGCGCGCUGGCGUACGCGGCGCGACGCGAACUCGAAAGGCAAGGUAAUGAAGCCGAGCGGGCCUUGCGUGGACGGUUCCUGGAACUCGUGUCCGAAAAGGAAGACCCCUGGACUACUGUGAGUGAUCCCAUCGCGAAAAGACGGACGAGAAUUAGGAGGCACCAGGCGCGCGUUUUGGUGCAAGGGUCCUUCCCGGAGCCAGAAGAAGGCUGCCCCAACCAACGGGAACGAGCGUUAAGAGCGUGCGCGUUAUCCAGGGCCUACACGGUCAUCGACGUCCCACCUAACUUGAACGAGACGAGGGUGUGGCUCCUGAACACCUCUGUGGUCAAUGUGGGCCCCAAAGCCUGGGCGUUGAUCGGCGAGGUCUUCACGGAGGACGAGCACUACGCCCACGCCAUCGCUUGCUUCUUGAGAAGCUUGGAGCAGGGCCUCGCGAUUCGCGAUCCCGGACGGGCGGCUUUAUUAGAUAUGAACCUCGGGACGGUAUUAGGGUGCUGGGGCGAACUUGCACUAGCAGCGCGAUUGCUGGGCCGGGCCCACGCCCGGGCGUUGAAGCUCGCGGAGGCGAACCAAUCCUACGAUUAUGCGGCACUAGCAUUAGCGGCCAGGGUGAACGCGGCCGUAUUGGUGCCGCCCGUCGUGCCCCCUCCACAUGAGUUGAAUGACCUACGUAAUCUGCUACGGAGCGACCUGCGAGCCCUCGCGUCCCAAGAUCUCCGCAAAAGUGCAGCUCGACAUAUUCAAGGAGACGAUUCGAGUUAUGAUGAAGCCAUUGUGAGAAGAGUCGGAAGGACGUUGUUCAACCUGGCGCACCAGUGCGGUCAGGAUGAUGCGGAGAUCAUGUUUUUACUAGCUUCGACGUUAACAAGGGCGGCGCCGUCCCUCGUCGAAGAAGUCCCGGAGCUGCCAAGGUUACAAAAUGAAGUCGUAAAGCUGGGCUUCGCCUCGGCGCAUUUGUGCGACCAUAGUAUUGGCAAGAUGCUCGCGGACCCUCUCAUUUUCCUGGCGCGGGAUCCGCGGCUCGAGGUCUAUGCCUUGCAUGUCGCGUUCGGCCCGCCCUCGGACGACGACCACGUCCGCAAGUUCUUGCACGAGUUACUCGGCGAGCGGUCCUACGCUUUAUCGGUGGAUGUGAGAGAGGCCCGCAAAGAGGUCAUUUCAUUCAACCUAGACGUUUUAGUGUUCCCGGAUCUGGGGAUGGAGAUCCCUUCCUAUUUACUCGCCUUUUCGAGGUUGGCCCGAGUCCAGUGCGCGUGGUGGGGCCACCCCGUGUCGACGGGUCUACCGUCGAUCGACUAUUGGUUGGGCCUGGACACGGAGCGAGAUGAUGCUUUCCAGGAGUACUCCGAGCAGCUCGUGAGGUUUAGUCACGUGAACACGGCGCCGUUUCAUCCGCAACGAGGCACGCCGGUCAACCGGACCGAUCUGGUAUCAAAAGAUCCGGGCGGCGCCAUCUACCUGGUGCUCGGGAGGCUGUUCAAGGUCCACGCUUUGUUUGAUGAUAUGUUGCUGGAUUUACUGGAGCGUGAUCGAACGGGCGUCGUGCUACUCGUGGGCGAGCCCCAGGAGCCGCUUACCAUCAAAACUUAUCAAAGAAUUCAGAGGAGAGGUCUAGAGAGAAAUCUGAAGACGGACCGCAUCCACUUUAUUGAUUAUUGGGCCUACAUGGGGGCCCUCGCUACUGCUAGAGUCGUGCUCGAUACGCACCCCUACGGGGGCUGUCUUACCGCAUUAGAUGCGCUGUCGAACGGCGUACCUCUGGUCGUGUUACCGGGCCCCGCGGAGCGCGGGAGGCACGCGGCGUCUAUUUAUCAACAGAUGGGGGUGUCGGACUUCGUGGCCGCCAAUCAAUCGGACUAUGUCAGUAUAGCCGCCCGCCUGGGCACGGACGACGCGUAUCAUGAAGCGGCGGUCGCUAGGAUCCGGGCGUCGUACCUGGACGCGCACCGCGCCGGGGCCGUCGCGGCCGAAUGGGCGGGGGCGUUCCUGCGCAUGGCGCGGGGGGCGGUCUGA